GAAGAGAAAUUAAAUGUGCAUUGGAGAAACAAGACAAAGCACCACAAGUUGACACAACAGCUUCACUUAUAUAUAUUACCAUCAAGUCUUAUAAUACUUGAAACUAGAGCAUUAUUCACCUUUCAUAGGUAUAGUAUAGCAAAGUGAUCAAAGCUCAAGAGAAUUGAAGCCUUAUCAGGUUGAAUAUAUGUACACUCAUCAGCAACAUCAAGGAAAGAACAUUCAUUGCUCUUCCAGAAUGCCAAUCCCUUCUGAGAGGCAUAUGUUCCUUCAAACAGGAAAUGGGUCUGGUGAUUCUGGACUUGUUCUCUCAACUGAUGCUAAGCCUAGAUUGAAAUGGACACCUGAUCUUCAUGCCAGGUUUAUAGAAGCUGUGCAGCAGUUAGGUGGAGCUGACAAGGCAACUCCAAAAACAGUGAUGAAACUCAUGGGGAUUCCAGGACUUACCUUGUAUCAUCUGAAGAGCCAUCUUCAGAAGUACAGAUUGAGCAAGAGUCUGCAUGGACAAAGUAACAAUGCGACACACAAAAUCACCAUAAAUCCAGGUACAGCAAUAGAUGAAAGACCCAGAGAAAACGAUGGAACUCAUAUGAACAAUUUAAACCUUGCCCCUCAGUCUAACAACAAAGAUUUACACAUAAGUGAGGCACUGCAGAUGCAAAUAGAGGUGCAGAGAAGACUAAAUGAGCAACUUGAGGUGCAAAGACUCCUGCAGCUCCGGAUAGAGGCUCAAGGAAAAUACCUUCAAGCUGUGCUGGAGAAAGCUCAGGAAACACUUGGUAGACAAAAUUUGGGAGUAGUAGGACUAGAAGCUGCCAAGCUUCAACUCUCAGAGCUAGUGUCCAAAGUGUCCUCUCAGCGCCUGAAUUCAGCAUUUUCAGAGCUGAAGGAGUUGCAAGGAUUCAACCCUCGCCAAAGAAACCAGCCAAAUGACUGUUCCAUGGACAGUUGCCUCACAUCCUGUGAAGGAACACAAAAGGAACAAGAGAUGCAAAAUGGGGGCAUGAGCUUAAGACCCUUCAGUGUCCACACAUUCAUGGAACGAAAGGAAGUCAUAGAGGCUCCCAAUCUUAAUAACCCUCCAAACACUGACCUCAAGUGGUGUGAUCCGCUGAAGAAGACCACCUUCCUUACCCCUAUGAACAAGCAUGCAGAAAGAAGUCCUAGCAACUUGUCUAUGAGUAUUGGACUUGAAGAAGAAACUGAGAAUGGAAACAACAUGUUUCAUGAGAAAACACUCAUUGGUGAAUUCCAACAACGAAACACUAUUAGGACAGAAUCAGUAAAACCAGUGGCUGAGAAAGUUUCUCAAGAUUAUGGAUUGCCUUCAUACUUUGCUGCAUCGAAACUGGACCUAACCACUGAAGAUAAUGAGACUAGAACGAGUUGUAAACAACUGGAUUUGAAUGGAUUCAGCUGGAGCUGAGAAGAGAUAUCACGAUGAAAGAGCAAGGGUACUCCAAUUUCUGGCAGUUGGAACAUGUAUUUACUGUAACUCAUCAUGUAAACUACGUAUUUAGUGUCACUAGCCAGAUGUGAGUUAUUUUUAGUAGAAUGCAAAGUUGCAACUAACAAAGAUCAACGAUACAUUUGUAAGCAGUAUUAUAAUGGAUAUAGAGUAUCGUUUUAUUCUA